GCAGGCAGCAGCAGCAGGUGCAGCUGCUGGUGACAAGAAGGCGAAGGGUCAGCAGAAGCAGAGGCAAGUCGACGCCCAGGGCCCCUCGAGGGACCAGCAAAAGCAACAGAAGGGCAAGGGGGACAAGGGCGACAAGAAGAAACAGCAGCAGCAACAGCAAAAGGGUGAGGAAAAGAAGGUGCAGCAAAAGCAGCAGCAGGGCAAGAAGAAGAAGGAGGGCAGCGAGGAGGAGCUGGAAGAGGAGGAGGAGGAGGGCAGCGAGGAGGAGGGCCUGGAGCUCGGGACUGAGGAGGAGGAGGAGAGCGGGGACGAGGGCGAGGAGGAGGAGGAGAGCGAGGAGGAGGACGAUGAGGGCGAGGAGGAGGAGGUUGAUGAGGAGGCGAGGGCGCGGGAGCGCUGGGCUCGUGCUCGUGGCAUGCUGGCUUCCGACAGCAGCGAGGAGGAGGGCGAGGAGGGCGAGGGGGAGUACGACAGCGCCGAUGAGCCCCUCACGGAAGAGGAGGAGGAG